UUUACAUAUUAUAUAAAUAUUCCUUACAACACAAAACUAAAAGAAAAUGAUUAAGCCAGUCAAAGUAUUGUUCAACCAGACAAAAGACCAUUGUCUUGGUAAAAUUGCAAAUCAGGAUACCACCCACACUAAAAUUUUCGGUGUGACCAAAGUCUGAAGGCCAAAAAGGAAUUUGGAUAUUAUUCCAUGUCAAAGAGAGCAACAUAGUACCCAUCAAAAAGUAUUCCAGAUUACAAGGAAUUGUCCAAAGUUUGAAUCAAAACCACAAUUCUCAUUGAAUUCUAUCUGAAAAGUUCUAAAUGAGGAAACUUUGAAGAAUGAGCAAAAGAUGUCACCAUCCUCUUCAAAAAUAUUCGCUGUUGAGAAGUUUUCUAAACUUGAACGUAAAGUUAAAUCUUUCUCUGCCAAAAAUUCUGCUAAGACUCUCAGUGAAUCAUCCCAUUCGUUCUAUAGAAGGACGAGGUCGGACACUAUUGAUGAAAUCUCAGAAGAACUUAAGAUCCAGACUGCUUCUCAGGAUUUGGCUAAAGUCUUUAAGAUUACCAAAAGUACUGAAAGAAGGUGCCUUAGUAAAAUCGAGAAAAAUGAAUCGGCUCCCCGAGCAUCACCUUACAGAAGAUACUUCACCAUUCAAAAAGUAGUCAGAAGAAAACCAGCUGUGCAUGUUUGCAUUGGAGGUCCUUCUAGUGCCUUUGCCAAUUUUGUUGCUCCAUCAAGACAAAGCAAAGAUUGUAGAGACUUUUACUCAUUCCUCUCAUCUCUACUUCCAAGCCCUUUACCAGAUAUAUCAUGUGCUAGUUCCUUUUCAUCCUUAAGCCUUAACUCAUUGCAUCAGCUGUCGCUAAGCCUCAAAUUGGCUGAAGAAAGUUUCCCUCAGAGUAACAGUCAUACCUCAACAAUAAUUCAAAGACCUUUACCGAAGAAAAAUAACUAAAUUAUUUAUUCCAGCUAAAAUCCCAUUUUCAGGAAUGUCACUGUUGCACU